GACAGGCUGGCAAAACACUCCAGCCCGACAACCAUUCCGGGAGCUCUUUUCACUCACUCCGCAUCUCUUCUUCUCAUCAAACCCACCCCACGAAAAAAUAUUUUUCCAGUCAAGAAAAAGAAAAUAAGCGGCGAUUAAUUUGGUUUACACCGUUUUUAGAUUCGGACAGGCCGCUGUUGGAUGCUCCAGAUGUAGUGUGUCGUCCGUUUCUUUAUUGGGGCGCCAAUCGUGUUUGAUUUGUUUGUGCAAAUUUGAAUCCAAGACCGUAACAGUGAUGAUUGAAACACUCUGGAGAAAUGGGAGUGGUGCUGCCUCUGUAAUAUUGUCACGGUGCGAAACCAAUUAGGGUCCACAGUAGUAGUGCGUCGUUGAUAUUUUCUGUCGAGUGUCUUCGGAACUGUCGCAAUCUCGGUCUUGUUCGACCGGAAUUUCCGCCAAUCGGAGCACCUGGCUCCCAUCAAUCGCCAAAAGAGAUGAGUUUCCGGCCCAGUGACAGCAGCUUAUCAGGCGGUGGCAGGUGCUGCGACAUGAUGGGACGCCGGCCGUCGCACGGCCAUCAUCUCUGGCCUGAGCACAACCGCCACUGGCGAACGUCAUCUUCGAUCCUUUUCCUCGUGUCCAGUCUACUGAUCCUGGCGAUCGCCAACGCUCACCAACAACUUCCGACAGCAGCCGGUUACGCGGAACGAACGGACGAGGUGAUGGAAGGCGGACGGGAGCUGUUGGUUGGCGGCACAACUGGCCGGCAACCAGGAGCAGCUGCUGCCUCAGGAGAGACGCAAAGUAGUCGAUUACCAUCGGACAUGGUUGAUGUCGUCGUUGGCCGGGGUCGACGGCUGGGCCAGCCGAAAGGAGCAGCCGCAUCGAGAGAGCGGAUGGAAGGCGGAGUUGAACACCAACCACCACUGCUGCUGCAUCGAAGGGGUCGUCAAGCAGCGCCCGAGUCGACGGAAAUGUUGUCGUCAAGCCGGAUCGACCACGCCGAUAUCGGGACGAUCAUGCUGGACGCCAAGUAUCCGCUGUCGGGUUUCGACGACGUCAACUUUGACGACAGUGGUGGAGGCAUUGGGCCGUUAAGUGGCCUGGACGAGUCGGAAAUAGGGCGGCGACUGGGCGGAGGAUCGUUGCUGCACUAUCAGGCGACCGUUACGACACCGGCCACCACUUCUCAUUCGGCGAAUAAAGGCGACGAAAGUGAAUCGGAAGCGGCUUUCUCGGGCGCUCUUGAAACCAACGUGACGGCCAGUCUCGGCCAAACGGCGUUUCUCCGGUGUCGACUCAAGAACUCGAAGCAUCAAGUGACUUGGAUUCGCAUCCGCGACUGGCACAUUCUGACCUCGGGUCUUCUAACUUACACGGCGGACGCUCGGUUCCGGAUCAAGCACACGGAAAACACGGAAGCCUCCGAGUGGACGCUGGAAAUCAAAUUCCUGCAGAAACGCGACGAAGGAACUUAUUACUGCCAGAUCCCAACCAGGACGGGCGCAGUGGUGCAUGCCUUCCAUUUGCACAUCGCCAGUCCUCAGGCUGUCAUCCUCGGCGGACAAGUUUCCCAUGUCGACAUCCACACGCCUUCGCUGACACUAGUCUGCAUCGUCGACAAUACUCCGGAUCCCCCGCAAGUGAUAUUCUGGUAUCACAACGGGACUCUGCUGAAGGACGGCAAAUAUCCGGAGAUGGGCGUAGGCGGACCCGGCGGAGGCUCUGGAUUGAUCAGCUCCCACCUAACGCUGACACCGUCGAGGACCAUGUCCAUGCUGACAAUUCACGAAAUCCAACACAUCCACUCUGGGAACUACACGUGCCGGGCUCCCAACGCCGAGCCCGACACCACCCAACUUUUCGUCACGCAGCGUCACGAGCAGGCGGCCGUGCAUCGAUCCAGCUCGGCCAGGCGGCCGUCUCCGACGUCUUUCUGCAUAGCCGCGAUCGCCGCUCUUUCUCUCAUCGGCCACGUCGUGACGAUCCGGCGGAAAGGUCCGGCCGUCUAAUCUUGGACCCCAAAUCUCUCUUCUUAUUUUCCCACCCGCUCCACCCUUCGCCCGACGUCUUCAUUUCAUCAGUCUAUAGUGUAUUACAUUAUAUAUUACAUUCCCAAUCGACCCGCGCCAAUCGUUCGUUCGUUCCUUCCACCAGACACACCAUGUCUCCUUUUUUAUAAAUAAUCAUUCCUCCCGUUUCCUUUUCAUAUCCAUCUCUCGUAUGAGCCGGCAGUCAGCAUCAUUCGUUUCUUUUGUUUCUAUUUUUUUGCGGGGGCUCCCCCCUUCUUUAUUCUUUUUUUUUCGGGGUUUUAUUUAUUUAUUUACUUAUUUUUACUAUAUAUAUGUGUGUUGACCGCGCUGCGCAUCUAUAUACUUGUCUUGUUUUUAUUUAUUGUCGUCCGAGGCCUGCUGAACAUAUACAUAACAUGAUAUUUAUAUACAUAUAACAAUGAUGAUGAUAAUAUAUCUCUCUCCCACUGA